AUGACGAAACGAACAAUUGUGGCAUUGAUUCACCACAACGUCGCCCUUUCCCGUGAUUCCAAGCUCCUCGCCUCAGGUUCGGUCGAUGAGACCAUCAAGUUAUGGGAUACAAGCAGCGGGAAAUGCCUCUGGACCCUCGAGGCCAAUAGCAGCCUGGUUAGCCAGGUCACCUUCUCCCGUGAUUCCAGGCUCCCUCGCCUCGGCUUCAGUCAAUUCCAUAUCAGAAAACUCUCAGCUAUAACGGAUCAAGAUCUUGAGGUAGUUUGA